AUGAAAGCAGUGAAACGUUACGCUUUGGGUUGUCGUGAAAAAGUUGCUUCGUUAAUCCAUGCCAAUGGUUUUCCAAGGCAACAACAUACUAUCGGAAGAAGAGUAAUCACUAUAAAUAACUUCAUCAAAAACAAUACACAAAUAACGAGUGUUAACAUCGAUAUGAUGAGGGAAUUUCAUUCCCAACUUUCGAAUAGAAAUACACAAUACACAGCUCCAGCUAUUCCUGAAUUCAGUACAGAAGACUUGAAAAGUAUUCUAGAUGAAGUAGAAAAGAGAGUUUACGAACAUAGGUUAUUUUCUAGUAUUAGGCAAAUGCCAAGCUCUUCCGAAGAUGAAAUGUUUCUCAAAUGGGGCUCAAUUUCUCAUGUAGUGAACGAGUGUUACUUUGAUGUGCUAUCAAAAAGAUAUCCCUCUAUAUUUAAGGCUCAAUCUCAAAAUACUUUUAUUGCCGAUGAAGGAGAAAACCACAGCAACACAAUGCUCCAAGUUGUUUUAUUUAAGAAUGAAUUAUAUUCAAGAUUAGAAAAUAUGUAUCAAGUCAUUAGAAGAAUGUCUAUUAAUUUUGGAUUAUCGGAAUUGAAUGCAUUCGAACACAAAUUACCAGACAAUGAAAUCGAAAGUAUAUACAGAGACACUUUUCUUGUGAUUAUGGACGAACCUAAUCGCCCAAAUGAAAAUAUAUAUCAACUAGAGUUGAACGCAAUUGGUCAAAGUGGCCCAAAUGAUCUUUAUCAAAGAAAUGAGUUAACAAAACCAAUAAUUGCCAGAGCACAAUAUCAAGUUGUAUCAAAGAAAUUUGAGACUAACCCUUUAUCGCACUGGUUACAUUAUAGGUGCUCUCUGGAAGAAUGGUAUCACAGAGCUGGAUGUAAAGACAGAGAGCUGGUUGACAGGACGAGAGAAUUCCAUGAUUGGUGUUUGGAUAUUAUUUCUGGAAAGGAAACAAAGAAAGCAAAUUCUAAGAAAUUUAAAGUAUUCAUCCUUGUUUUAAUGGCUAUUUCAUUGACAGUCAUUGGCUUGGCCUACUUUGGUUUGUCCAGUCCAACUGAACAGAAAGUAAAGAAAAAGUAA